AUGCACCUUUCGAAGUUGCGGAGGUGGUUUGUCUCCUCUCCGCCGAUUGAGUGGGCGCUGUCACAUCUCCGGGAGCUGUUGAUUGGGGCGCUGAGAGAAGGGCCGAUUCCGCAGCAUGUGGCGUUUGUCAUGGAUGGGAAUAGACGUUUCGCGAGGAACCAUCAAAUAGAGAGAGUUGAGGGACAUCAUCUGGGGUUUGAGGCGUUGGCUAAGAUCUUAAAAAUGUGCUACAAAGCAGGGGUUAAGGGGGUAACGGUGUACGCAUUCAGCAUCGAAAACUUCAAAAGGGCGAAAUACGAGGGGGAUGCUCUAAUGGAUAUGGGAAGGGUGAAGCUAGCCCAGUUAUCUCAGCAUGGAGAUCUUCUGGAUCGUUACGGGGCUAGUGUACGAGUCUUGGGUCGCCGGGACUUGGUCAAGCCAGAAGUUCUCGAGGCCAUCGAUAAGGCUGUUGAGAUUACCAGUCAGAAUGGAGAUGCUGUCCUGAACAUUUGUUUUCCGUAUACGUCCAGAGACGAGAUGACGACGGCGAUCCGGAACACAGUCACCGAAUAUAGCACCCCUCUUGAUCGGACACAGCUACCAUUGCCAAACGGGCCACGUCACACCUUUUCCGGAACUCACAUCGCCGAAUGUAUUCAAAAGGAGAAUGGAAUGGUUAAUGGGCACGGAACAGAUUCCUCCUUAUUGCCUCCAUGCGGUAAACGUGCAUCGAAGAUUUCCAACGAUGGUCCCGAUCAUCCCUCCCAACCUACCUCAACGAUAUCGAAAAACAGCCUCCCGCAUGCUGUAGAGAAAGUCCCUAUGAUCCUGGAAGCAUACACCAGCUAUCCUCCCAACACCGACCAACUUAUCUUCCUCUCUCCAGAAACCAUCACACAACAGACUCUGACCGAUCACAUGCUUACCGUCGGCUGUCCUCCCCUGGACCUCCUUGUGCGAACCUCUGGCGUUGAGAGACUGAGUGACUUCAUGCUCUGGCAGUGCCAUCAAAACACGGAGGUUGUGUUUUUAGAGACCCUUUGGCCGAGCUUUGACCUGUGGACUUUUUUACCAGUGCUGUGGGAGUGGCAAUGGCGGGUGCGCAAACAGGGGAGUCCGAAUGGGGAGCUGGAUGAUGUCGAUGAAGAUGAAUCCAGCCGUUCGCACAAUGGGGUCAUGAAUGGGGCAAGCUCUGACUCUCUCUCCCCAGCACGCAGGCAGAGCGGAAAAUUUAAGGAUAUAUAA